AGCCUUUCACCAGUGGUCGCAUUGAUACCGAAACCUACUGCAGUAGGAGAACAAUAUCAUUUUGGCUACGGAAGAUCCUACGUAUGCAAUUUAGUAAUAUUCAUAUUUUUUUAUCAGGAAUUGGCAACUAGGGUUAUAAUCACUAAUAUAAAUCAAGUGUGCUUAAGCCUUCCCAACAUUUAUUUUUUUGCUUUCCAAUUAAUCGAUUGGUUGUUAGCAACUUCUGUGUUUUUAACUUAAACGUUUUACCAAUGAAAGCUUUAUAUAUUUCUUGCUAUUAACAAUAAUUUUAAAAAAAUGGAAAAUAAAAUCAAGACGGAGGAGUUCGUGUCUAAGUACGAGGCUGACAUGCGGUCUGUUCUUCGCGUGAGUGUUCCUAAAAUGCGUGAAUUUAUUGAAGAAAGUGAUUCAACUUCAUAUAGAAUAGGCAUAGAUUGUGACAGAAACGAACAUGGAAUAUUUUCUCAACAUGCUCAAGAAAGUGAAAUGGGAAGGAAAGAUCAAGAAGAACAAGAACAAUUGCCUCUGCAUAAACAGUAUAAAGAAAGUGAAAAAGUAAAAAAAAUGGAAGAAAUGAUGCAGACAAUAUCCUUUCAACAUGUUCAAGAAAAGGCAAAUGAAAGAAUACGGAAAGAAAUAGAAGUAGCUAUGCAGAAUCAAAAUGAUCAAGAAAAAGAUAGGCGUAGAAGAAAAUUGCAUGAACUGAAGCAAACUGUACAUCAAAAUGAUCAAGAAAAAGAUAGGCUUACAAGAGAAUUGCAUGAACUGAAGCAAACUGUUAGAAGAGAAUUGCAUGAAUGGGAGCAAACUGUACAUCAAAUUGAUCAAAAAAUGGAUAGGCUUAAAGGAGAAUUGCAUGAAUGGGAGCAAACUGUACAUCAAAAUGAUCAAGAAAUGGAUAGGUUUAAAAGAGAAUUGCAUAAACUGAAGCAAACUAUUAGAAGAGAAUUGCAUGAACGGUUGCAAACUGUACAUCAAAAUGAUCAAGAAAAAACUAGGCUUACAAGAGAAUUCCAUGAACUGAAGCAAACUGUUAGAAGAGAAUUGCAUGAAUGGAUGCAAACUGAACAUCAAAAUGAUCAAAAAAUGGAUAGGCUUAAAAGAGAAUUGCAUGAAUGGAAGCAAACUGCACAUCAAAAUGAUCAAGAAAUGGAUAGGCUUAAAAGAGAAUUGCAUGAACUGAAACCAACUGUACAUCAAAAUGAAUUGUUUCGGAAGGCGGAAAUUAAAAUUGCAUCUUCUGAUGAAGAAAGCAAGGAAUAACUGAAGCAAGAAAAUGAAAGUUGAAACUACUGAAUUAUCAAAUUGAGGCAAGUUUCGUAUAUUUUCAACUUAAAUACUUUUGAUAACUUCGUAAGAACUUUUAAUAAAUGACUUUUUAAGUAUAAUGCUUUUAAAAUUGGUUUAUUUAGUUUUAUCUUCUGAAGGAGCAUUUUAUUUAUUGUAUUAUAAUUGUAAAAACUUGUACGUAUUUUUAAGAUAAUUUCUGAUUUAAUAACGAAAUUUUACAAAUUUUGUGUUUAAACAAUAUUUUUUAAAUGUGAACAAUUGCUUACUAAUUGUUUGUUACAGUUCAUGCUUUCUUGUAUUUUGAAUAUUUUGACAAAUACAUAUUAACAAUAAUUUUUCCCCUGAUAUAUUCUAAUAUUUUUACAUACAUUGAAUAUGUUUAAUUUUUUCUUAAAUUCUUAAUUUAGAUUUUUCCUAAUAUUUUUUAUACAAACCUUGAUUAAAUGUCACGGUAUUUAAGGUAUGACAUUGUUUAUAUAAAGUGUUAAAUUUUUACACAUGAAUUGUAUUUUAGCACAAUCAUCAAAAUUUAAAGUUGCAUAAUCUGAAGUACUUCAAUAUGAAUUUUAAUAUGAUUUUUACAUUUAGAAUGUUAAACUUAUGUCAGAUUUAUUCUUAAUGCAAAUGAAAGUUUUUUUAAGAAAAUAGUUCAAAAUAUAAAAUAUUUAAGAAAUGAG